AGGGCCUUCAGCCAACUUAACUUUGAGCCAAAGGGCAAUGUACAGAUUCGACUGACAGCAAGACAUAAGGUUUUAUUCCUCUCUUCGAUCAGCAAAGCGCAUAACAACAUGUACAAUUCGUGCGGUCUCCUUUUCCUUUCAUUUGGAUUUACCAUGCUGGAGUUCAUCACCUGUGACAGCGAUGGAUCUUUAUUGGCGGGUGAAUGUCAAAGAAUGGAUAUCAAUCAUGGUAAACCAGCACAAAACGGUGAAGCCCCCUUCAAGAUCGAACCAGAAUAUAAAGAAGUGACAGAUUCUGAACUGGGAAAGAACAUUAUUGUCUCGCUUAGGGCUUCGGCUCAAUUUAAAGGUUUCAUGUUGGACGCUCGUAAGUGUGAUGAGUGUGCGUCUGCUGGCAGGUUUCAUUUAAUCCAGACUGAACCGAACAACAGCAUACUCAUCUGUGAUGACCGUGUUGUGGCUCAAAGUAAUAACCAAAGAAAAACGAUAGUUAAUGUGUUGUGGAUCCCCGAAGAGACUGGAGUGUUUUUCUUCAGAGCUGCUUUCGUUGAAGAUUUCAGUAUUUUUUGGCUAAGGAAGCCGAUCAUACUCACGACGACUGCAUCACCCACCACUGAAUCCACCAGUCACAGUACACAAACAAGUCCAACAGAUAUGUCACAGACACAGACUGCAUCACUGACCUCUGAAGCCACAAUUGCACUAGCAUCGCCGCCUCAGUGUCUACAAUAUAUGAGAUAUGCUUUAGCACUGUUAUUAUUCAGUCGACUGUGUUUUCUUGGAGGCUCUUCUCUCCUGAUGAUUUUCAGACCAGCGUCAAAAAUGGCCACCAUGAUUGCGUCUGUCUUUGAACCAGCCUCCAAAACUAUUGCUGUCAUCUUCGUACUAAUAAAACUAAUUAAAUAUGAGUGUGCGUGUGAGUGUGAUAGUUUGCAGAUUGUGUUUAGUGCUUUGACAGUGGCUGCCAUGGUUUCAAGCCUGCUGCACACUCUCACCGUUUUCCUUUACUGUGGACCAAGCCAUGAAUUAAGGAAGUGUUGGCUCUGUGCCAUUAUAAUUGUUGGCCUAAUGAAUACUAUCAUUACAACAACUGCAAUAUUCUUUGAAAUAUGGUGCUUUCAAGAGCGCUGGCUGCCAUUAUUAAUGGGAGUUUUUGUUGUUUGGGAGUUCAUGCUUUAUCUUGGCUCAGUUUGCUGUGAACAGAUGGAAAAAUACAGGUCAAGAAAAAAUCAGAAUCGUACUGCGGAAAAGAGGAUAUCCCCAUGGUUGUUUAUGUUCAUCAUCUUUUCAGUGUUUAAUGCAAUGUUUACAGCUGCACUCAUAACAGGAGUGUCUUUGGUCAAAACGAAAAAUAGUUGAAGGAACGUCUGCAGAUUAGUGAAUAUGAUAUCUUGGUAUGUUUGCAAUUUGGGUGUAACUUUUUACAGCCCUAGUACAUCAGUAAUUGUUCAAAGGUAUAUGAAUAACAACUUUAUUGGAGUCAGAUUAAUUGUACUGAUGUCAGAUAAAUAGCUGAAUUAUCAUCUUUCAACUGCUUUUAUAUAUAUA